AUGAAAUCAACUGCUGCUUGUGUUUAGAUCCAAAUCCUGAUGUGAAAUGAGUACAGACUUCCGCAAACUGCUUUUUGAAGUUUCUGAGGCUUUGGUGACAGAGGAAGUGUCAGCUCUUAAAUUCCUCAGCCAGGACCAUGUCCCCAGGGGGAAGCUGGAAGCCAUCCAUGAGCCCAAGGCCUUCUUUGAAGUGCUGCAGGAGAAAGACAUGAUCGGGGCAGGGAACCUGUUCUUCCUGAAGGAGCUGCUCUACCGGAUCCAUCGGAUCGACCUCCUGACUGCCCGCCUGGGCUCCAGCCGUGAGGAGAUGGAGAGGGAGCUGCAGGUCCCGGGCAGGGCUCAGGUGUCAGAUUACAGGCAACUGCUGUAUGGAAUUGCAGAGGAUUUGACUUCAGAAGAUGUCAGAAAUGUGAAGUUCCUGCUCCGAAAACAACUACCAAAGAACAAGCUCCAGGAAAAUGCUUCAAUGUUGCAGGUCUUUCUGGAAAUGGAAAUUAAUGAGAAAAUUAAAGAAGAUAACCUGACAAUGCUGAAAGAUAUAUUACAGGGAUUUAGAGCUGACAUAAAGAAAAAAAUUGAUGCCUAUGAAGAAAAAAGAAGAGAAAAGUAUUCUAGGGAAGAAGUCCGCUAUCCUGUGUCUGUGUACCCAGAGGAACAAGGAGCAGAGGGGGAGGCGGAGGCAGCAAAACAGUAUGGGAAAAUAUAUAAGAUGAAAAAUAACCCCCAUGGUUACUGCUUAAUUAUUAACAACCACAUUUUUAAAAAUCCAUGUCACAAUAGAGAGGGAACAUUGCAAGAUGGAGAGGCUGUGAAGAGGGUCUUUAAGUGGCUUCAGUUUGAGACAGUUGAGCACAUGGAUCUAGAAGGAAAAAAAAUAUAUGACACAGUUGAAGAAUACAGUAAGAAAGAUCAUAGAAAUAUGGACUGUUUUGUUUGCUUCAUUUUCUCCCAUGGUGAAAAAGACAAAAUAAAAGGUGUUGAUGAUGAGUGUGUAAAUAUUGAAGAUUUAGUCUCCCGCUUCACUGGAACUAAUUGUCCUUCUCUUGCUGGCAAACCCAAGGUGUUUAUUAUCCAGGCUUGCCAAGGCUCUGAACAUCAUCCAUCUGUUGCAGUAGAAUCAGACUCUUCUGGACAUCUUGAGGUGGAUGCUAGUCCUUUGACUUCCAUUCCUGAUAGGGCUGAUAUUCUGAUUGGCAUGGCUACAGUGGAGGACUACUUGUGCUACCGCAGUCCUAAGACUGGCAGUGUUUACAUUCAAUCCCUCUGUGAGAAGAUGGAGUCGCUUUGCCCACAGUAUGUGGAUCUUGCAACCAUCCUGACAGAAGUGAACAGUGAAGUGGCCACAAAAGACAUAAAAGGAUUUAAGCAAAUGCCAAAGAUAACAUCGACACUACUGAAGCUAUUGAUCUUUGAAGUUCCACAAUGCAAAGCAGACAAGUAAGAAUACACUCAGUUAGGAAUGACAUCUGGGCUUUGACAGGGAAGAGAAUUUACAUGAGAAAUUAUCUGGAUCUAUGU